GUUCCAGGAUUUCAGGUGAGCAUGUCGCACCAUGACCUUCCUGGAGUAUACAUCCGUCUUGCCGUAUUGAUUUCGGGAUCCCAAAACAUAAUAAUAUAAUAUAGCAGAGAGUAAUGUAUGCAGUCUGGUUACUGUACUGUAUACCGACGAACGAAGUGUAGUCGAUUGACGAAUCGAAUUGCUCCUAUCAUUUUCUUUACAAAUUUCGAUACAGGAUAAUGAGGAUAAUUAUAAUAACUACAGUAAUCCAAAUUAACCGGGAUUUGACAGGAAGUUUCUAAGCCUUCUUUAUGCACUGCUCGAGAACAACUCGGGAUCCGGAUACACCAUGGCUACUUUGGAAACAAUCGUGGACAACUCUGUCGUCCAAAAUACCCGCCGUUCCACGUUUUCAAAUAAGGCACAAGAUGAGCUACGAUUUAUAAAAGCAGGUUUACCGGUGGCAUCGCAUCUUGGUUUCCAGAUGUCGUUAUACUUCAACGUUUGGUAUUAUCCCUUCUGGACAGCUAUAUGCAUAUACGCACUUUACGAGAAGUACAGUAUUCUGGAUGACAUCCUGGCUGCUUUAUGUCCUAUUUUCAUUGCUCUCAGCAUAUUCCUGGAGGGGUGCAGGUUAUACUUUGGCUAUUACGGCAAUCUCUUUGAAAACAUUGCGGCUCUUGGUGCGUAUUUCCUCAUAACGAUUUUCCUUCAAGUGCCGAUCAUCGUUGUGCAAGUGGCCAGCUACAGAUUUCGCAUGCUGUGUGUGGAAUGGUGGAUGGAUAUUGUAUUGCUCGGCUUUGUGUUUUUGGAAGUAAUAACCGGCACAAUGGCAUACAGACAAAUUUCGCUUGUUCAAAAUGGAAAGUUAUUCAACUGGGAUACGGAUGAUAACAAUAAAAAGUUAGCAUAG